ACAAAAUAAAGACAAAAAGUACAGUAAAAAUAUAUGAAUUAAAGUGGUGAUAAAUUUGACAAUAUAUUUGAUACAACUGUCAUAGGUAUUACUGAGUAAAAUUUUCCAGAUUUUUAUUGCUCACCAAAUUAUUGUGACAUUUUCUCUAUCCAUUUCUAUUUGUCUAUGUUUACUGCAUUAGUCGAUUUCUCAACAAUGGAGACAAUUGAUGUAAAACAGAAAUACGUCUAUUUUUAACAAAUUAGUCGUAAUUAAAAUAAUUUAGACUUUGCAAAUAACUUUUACAAUUAAUACAGUUAUAAAGAAUUCAUCUAAAAUGUAGAAUGUAAGUAAAAUGGUGUAAUAGUAAAGCAGUGGUGCGUGUUUUAGAUACAUUUUUUAUUUAUUUAUACAAAACAUCUCCAGAAAUUAGUGCAAGUAUGGAGGUUGUUGGAGAUUAUGAAUAUAACAGCAAAGAUAUAAUAGGACAUGGUGCAUUUGCUGUUGUUUUUAAAGGGAGGCUUCGAGAGAACCCGAGUUCUACCGUUGCUAUCAAGAGCAUAGUGAAGAAAAACUUGGCAAAGUCACAAAAUUUACUAGGAAAGGAAAUUAAAAUUUUAAAGGAAUUGACUAAACUUCAUCAUGAAAAUGUUGUUGCAUUGCUAGACUGCAAGGAAUCUGCUAAUUAUGUCUUCUUGGUUAUGGAAUAUUGCAAUGGAGGUGACUUAGCAGAUUAUUUACAAGCCAAAGGUACUCUAAGUGAAGAUACCAUUCGAUUAUUUUUGAUCCAAUUAGCUGAUGCUAUGAAAGCGCUAUACGCCAAGGGUAUCGUCCAUAGGGAUUUAAAGCCUCAAAAUAUUCUUCUGUCACACAGUGGUCCCAAAUUACAUGCUAAACCGUCAGAAAUAAAAUUAAAAAUAGCUGAUUUUGGUUUCGCGAGGUUUUUACAAGAUGGUGUUAUGGCAGCUACGCUUUGUGGAAGUCCCAUGUAUAUGGCACCUGAAGUAAUUAUGUCUUUACAAUAUGACGCUAAAGCUGACUUGUGGAGUAUAGGUACUAUAGUUUUUCAGUGUCUCACGGGAAAAGCUCCUUUUCAAGCUACUACACCUCAAGCUUUAAAGCAAUUUUAUGAAAAGAACGCUAACUUACAACCAAUGAUUCCAUUUGGAACAAGUCAAGAUUUAAUUGAACUUUUAAUGGGAUUAUUGAAAAGGAAUGCCCGAGAAAGAAUGAAUUUCGAGACAUUCUUCAAUCACAAAUUUUUGAAGAGGCCUCAAUCGCAGAGUCCCACUCAAGCAGAAUUGCCAUUGCCAAUAUAUGGCUCACCUCCAACUACAACGAAAGUACCCAUAAGACCUGCGACUCCUGUUAAAAUUUUAACCCCACCAGGUUCUCAACCAGAAUCACCUCGAUCUACAAGAAACGCUCUCAGUUCAAGUCCUGAAGAUGAUUAUGUUAUAGUGCCCCAAAAUAUUCAAAUACCAUCGGACCACUCCUCGGAGAGCAUUGAAAAAGAAAAACCUGUAUUUAGAUUACCGGUACGAUCACCCCCCGUAACAACUGCACCAGUUGCUAGUCCAACUAGACCGAGCUUUUUACCCAUAUCAGAACCAAUUCCGGUUCCCACUCAACGUGAAGCUUUUGAGAAGAUUUAUAAUCAGUCCGAGAAGAAAGAAGAGCCUCCAUCUCCGACUAAGGUGAAUGGUAGCGGAAGUGUGCCAAGAACCCAACCUAUAACUAUUAAAAAGAGACCAGAGAGGCAAACCUCAGAUAUAGACAUAAGCUCAAUGUCACCACCUUCGCUUAAAUAUGUUUGUGGUACACCUCCAGGAGGUAGAAGAAGAUCAACAUCAGGAAGUCUUUGUGAAACUCCUCCUCCUCCGAAUAUAUGGACAGUCUCACCUAUAUCCGUUUCAAAAAAUCUGCCUAUUAACUCCCCACUAAGAAGAUCAGUGCACAGCUACCAUAAACUUUUUGCAGGAACUUCGCCUCCAGUAUUAUCUGGUCCAUUAGCAAGACUUCCCAUUUUAAGCAGUCCAAACCUAAACGACAACAAUAACCUUGGAAGAUCACCUAUUAUUCCGUUUUGUACGAGAGCCGUUACAUUACCAGAAAUUUCUGAAAUGGGUAAUUAUCCAGCCUUCCUGAAUGAAAAUUCUAUCAGUAACGAUUUUCACCCCAUAACUUUCUUAGCGCCGGAGUUACCCGAGGAGACUAUAUUAGAGAAAGAACACAAUGAGACGUUAGCGAAGAUAAAUUUCGUCUUAGCCUUAUGUAAUUGCAUCCUAGAUUUGGCUGCUCAACGAGCAACCCCCAUUUCCGCUGUAGUAAAUCCUCCUCGACAGAUCCAACCAGUUAACGAAAAAACACGAAGGGCGGAACAAUUCGUUUUAUUAAUUAGAGUUUUGCAAUUGCUGGGAUCAGGUCUAGCCAUGGCUACAAAAGAGUUGCAAUCUGGACAGUUGAGAUUCAGUAGUACUGUAAAGACUGUUCUUUCUACGAUGAAUAUGCUAUUCAGGACUACACAACAAGAAUGCAAACAACUCAAUUAUAAUGGAUUGAUGAAUCAUAUUAUAUCUGCAGAUAUUUCGGCUGAUAAAAUUAUAUAUAGUUAUGCAGUACAAGUGUGUCAGUCAGCUGCAUUAGAUGAGUUAUUCGCCAAUCCAGAAGAAUGCUUCCAGAGGUAUCAAACUGCACAGAUAUUAUUGCACAGUUUAUCACAACAAGAGAAUUCCCAGAUAGAUAAAACGGCUAUGGUUAAAUACAAAGACGCCGUUGAGAGACGCCUUCAGGUACUCCAACAACAAGGCUAUAUUUAUGCUACAGAUCUCAGCUAGAGACGGUAUCGUCUAUUCAAACGUAUCAUAUUUUACUCAUAAUGUAUGGUAUAAUUCAUAUGUUUCGCUUUGACUAAAUAUUUUAUGUUCGUUAUUUUUAAUAUAUAAAUGAAUAUAGGAAUGAUAAAGCGUCUAUCAUUGCAAAAUCAUAUUGAGGAGUAACACCACUGUAGAGCCCGGUUUUUGAACAUCAUUUUUGAAUUUUUUUUUAAAAAACUUUAUUUUAGAUGCAACAUCCAAUUAGAUGACUUUAUUUGGACAUAAUUUGAAGUAAUUAAAUUAAUUUUUACAGAGCGUCCAAAAACAAAAGGCCGUCAAUACAGAAGCUAUAAGCAUUCCACUACCACUAACUUUUCGUUGUAGCUAUUAUCUGAAACAUAAAAGUCAAGUUUUUCUUACUGUUUGAACUAAAAGCAAGAAAAGUACGUAGGGGUUUCCACCAAUUUUAAAUUUCAACAAAUUGGCGAAAGUUUGAAAAGAUAAUUUAUUUUCGUAUAAAAAAAUUGUGAAAAAUCUGUCAUAAAACAAAAAGUUUUUAAUUUAUUAAUAAAAUCCUACGUAGUUCCUUAGAAAAUGAUGUCAAAGUUUCAAAUCAAUCGGAUCAAAAUUGGCUGAAAAAUUAUGGUGGUAGUGUUAAAAAAUGUGAUUUCGAGUAAAAUGCGUUUCCAGUUUGAAAACGGGACGACAAGCGUGAUGCAACGUUCAAACUAACGCUACACCGAGGGUGCUCAAAUACUUUUAAAAGCGGGCCAAAAUGAAAUUUUCAAAAUGUCUCCUGGGCCAGAGGACUACAUCGCGUACACAGUGCACACGCGAAUGUUUUGAGUGGAGUUUCUCUGUCCAAGAAAUUUUUUUGACAAAAACACUAUCAUUUUAAAGCAUUUGAACAGAAAAACUUGUCAGUUAGUAAAAGAUAAUAGUAAUAAUAAAUUAUCUUACUUAGGUGUAUAUGCGAAAAAAUUGUGUCUAGUAAAAUAUGUCACGUAAUUUUUAAAGAAUUAUGAUCCAUUAUAUUAAGUUAAUCGUUAUUAAAUAAAUCAGUUAAUGAAAGAUUUUAUUUUGAUGUUUAUUUAUUUCUUAACAAUACAAAUUGUUUUAUUUUGGUCAUACAUAGUUAUAACAUUUUGUAAAUAUAAUAGUAAAUAGAAUUAUAAAAAGAAAAAGCAAACAUUAAACGUUAAAAUAUAUUAGUUUUAGUUAAUGCAAAACGUGAAAUCUCGAAUGCUCAUUCGAUAUUAUUUCUUUGAAAAUUGUAUCUAAAUCAUUUGUUGCAAUUUUUAAUACCGAGUGUAGAUUUUCAAGUCAAGUCAAUUAGUUCUAAUGGAAUUUCAAUAGGAGCUUCUUGCACGUCAAAAUUGAAAGAUUGACUAAUUAAUCAUAAAGGUUUUUCAAUAGCUUUGAGAUCUUAAAAUCUUUUUGGAAUCCAGAAUGCAAGUCUUCUGUUAUUACACUAUAUCUAAGAAAAUAGUUAUUUUCGUCGUGUUCCUAACGAAGGGGAAUGAUUUAGUAAUUUCUUAUAUAAGUUUUUGGCAAAUAAAGUGAGUUUUAUCAAAAAUGCUUUGACGUUUGAGUGCAUAUUGAAAGCGAACUGAUUUUAUAGAUUUAUAUUUUGUUCAUAAAAAUAUUUCACAAUAUCUACUGAAAACGAGAAAUCGUUUAGCUAUGCCAUGCAAUUCAGUGAAAUCAUGUAAUUUUUUUUAUCGACAAGAAGGAUACUAUUUCAUCACGUUAAUAUUGAAACCUGUUCAAAACUUAACCGAUGCUAAGCCAUCGCACUUCAGUGUAGUAAGGAAUUUAGUAAAAGUCAUUUUCAAUUUCUUUCAAAAAUUCAACAACUGUCGAUGAUUUAAAGCACGUCCCCGGAUAAAACUCAUAAUAGUAAUGAAGUGAUUCAAUUCCAAUACACUUCUUGAUGAAAAAUGUAAAAAUAAUAUAUCCUGUUUUGGUUGCAAUUCUUUUACUUUGUCGCUGAUUCGUUUUAGUAAACCCACAUUUGUCCCUAAUAAACUAGGACAGCCAUCCUUAGUGAUGCUAUUUUGUUCAAAGUUAAAUUUACUUUAACUAAACACUCUUCAACAGCAAUAAAGAAGUCUUCAGCGGGAGUUGUACUUUUAAUUGGAUGUACACUAAGAAGUUCCUUGCUAAUUUGACAUUUCUUGUUAAUACCUCGGAUAAAUAUUAAUGAUUGAAUUGUGUGAGUAAUAUUGCAGGACUCGUCUAAAGCCAGAGAACAAUAUGUAAAAUCGGAAAUUUUAGCUCUUAGCUGGUCAAGUAAAUUUUCCGCAAUAUUUUCGAUCCAUCGUACUAUUAUUCUUCUCGGAAGGCUUACAUUUUCAAAAAUAUGUUUCUUUUCGGGACAACAUAUCUCCGACACUUGUAUCAUGCAUUUUUUAACAAAUUGUGCUUAAUUAAAAGGUUUGCAGAACUUUUUGUGUUCAAUAGCAUUUGUGGUAGAUUUCUCGAUAUUACUUUGUUUGGUAAACACAUUUUGUUGCUUAAUCAAGUUUUUUGUAAUGUUUUCUGCUACACUUUGAAGUUCUUUUAAAGAAAGUGAUCCAUAUUUUGGAUGUUUUGAUUUAAAAUGCCUGUUUAAAUUGAAUUCCUUGAAAACGGCAAUUGUUUCCUGGCAAACUAAACAAAUUGCUUUUUUAUCAAUGUUUGUAAAAAGGUAUUUUACCGACCAUGUUUCAUUGAAAUGUCUGCAUUCCAAAUCAACUUUUCUUUUUUUAGAUUGACUCAUUUUACAAAGUCCUACAAAUAAAUAAUUUAAUUAUUGCAAUCAAUAAAAUAAAAACAAUGUUUUAAAAUUUUACCAACAAAAAGUUAUCUUUCCCAAUUUAUUAUUAUAUUUGCAAAAUAACAAAUAUUAGUCUCAAAAGAAAUGACGAUUAUGCGACUAGUGCUAAAUCAAAAUAAACAGGAUUGCACGUUCAAUUCUAUGUAGUAAGCCGACUAUCCACUUUUUGAGAGUAUGUACGUUGCAAACAUUAAAAAAGGGAUAUGGUUACAGCUGUUCAAAUUAUAAUACUCUCUAUUAUUUAUAUAUUUAAUUUUUUAUAUGUACACUACGCCACCCCUGCGCUACACUAAUACACUAUCACAGAAACAGUUUAUAAUCUCACUGGUGCCUCCCUUAGAUAUGUACUAUUUACUAGUAGAAAUAAUCUCUACAGUGGGAUAUCUAGUGUCUGAUGCUCAUAACUCACUCAAAUUUUAGAAAAAGAAAUUGACUUUUUGAAAUUCUUACAGUAGUGUUACCCCUAAAACAGAAAACAACUUCUUUUCAAAAUUUAUCCACUACAUAAUCCAUUGUAUUGUGAAAAUUUUUUAUUCAAAGUAUAGUUAUUAAAUUUGAAAUAGAUGAUUUAAUUCGUCAUAUUUUUAUGUAAACGAAUAAUCCUAGAAUAUUAAUAAGUAGGAAAUCAAAUUAUAUCUGUGAAAAUUUUGUUUCUUUGUGUAAUAAGACAUUGUCCUUUCUCUAUUCCUUAAAAUUUAAAGUAGUGACAUGUAAACUUAUAAACCAUUUAUGUAUAAAAUAGUUAUUUGGAAUGCUGGUUCAUGGAACAAAUAAAUGUACAGGAAUGUAUGGUUACAAUUGACACAUAUUAUAUCAGAUAAAAAUAGGUAUUUUUGAAAUUAUUUAAAAGUAAUAAAUUCAAGUAAACUUUAAAUAACCAAAAUCUAAAACAAUUUAUCACUACGGCAAAAGUACUACGAUAAAUUCAUUUAAUAAUGUUUUAAUUAUAUUCUCUACAUCACCUGCAUUCCAGAAGAUUUUCAUUUGAUUUUGAUAUAACUUAUUAUAACUUAUUUUUCAAGAUUUUAAUUUCAUUACUUCUAUAAAAAAGGGGUAGUAGUUAUUCUUACAUGGACUCUACUGGAACAAUAUCUUCAUUACCAUAACUGAAAAAGAAAGAAAUAUAAUCUCAAUGUCAUACAGAUUUUUUUUUCUUUUAAAUGCAAUCUCAACGUAUUUUAUGUAUGACUUCUUUACUCAGUUACCGAUGACAAUUUGGGUACGUCUUCCUACUCUAUCAGGUGUGGAUCCUGAUAUUCUAUAUUGCUUUACAUUCAGCAAAUAUGUAGAUUCUUAUCCACAAAAUUUGAUUUGCUUAAACUUUAGGUGCAGAUUUGCUCUUGAAUUCUUCCGAUCUCGUCUGGUUAUAGUUUCCCAGUUUAUAUCAACUCUACUAUGAUCAUGCAGUAGUCCAUAUUAUUACAAUGUACCCUGACACCGAAAGCAGAGUAAUUAUAUUAUCUCUACCUACCUCAUUAAAGAUGCCUAAAUUUCCGCUUAAUAGGGGUUUUCAGAAUGGUUUCUGGCGCAGCGCUGGUUUUUGUAGGUCUCUUUUUGCUGUUUCUUUAAGUGUCCAGUACUUCUAUAGCAUGUGGACACAUACUUUUUUCAAUGAUUAAUAAACUAAUUAACUGAUUUUCGGAGAAGGUGGAAUUAUAUUUAUUUAUCUUCAACACAACUUCAAUUACGAAACAAAGACAAAAAAAUAAAAUAAUAAUAGUCAAAAUCGAAGUCACACACUUCUUGUUGGCGCCGUUCUCUCGUCCCCUCUUCACAACGGUGGUCGGCUUAUUGAGACUUGAAAGACUUUGUUUUCAAACCAUGUGCAAACUAUUUAAUAUAUAGGACAAUUGGGAAUUCUUGUAAUAUAUAACAAGUGGAGAUUGCAUCUCCCACCCUUAGAUAUAGGAGGAGAUCUCACUAAGUCAGGGUAGUCGUAAAGACUAGAGGAUGUAACCAGUCUUAGUUCGAUCGUUACAAACAUACAUCAAUAAACAAAUUACAAACUAAAUACAGUCCUCAUCAUUUUAAAAAAUUGGUCCUUCGAAUACAAGCAAUAGUAAUAGUGUUUUCGAACCUGCUCCUUUCUGUUAUGAAUUUCCUCAUCUAUACUUUUUCGCGAAUUUCUAUUUCUAACUGUGUCUUAUUCUUUACCAUUACUAUAUGCAACGGCAUUAGUUUUAUUAUUUCUUGUUAUACAGGAUAGCCUUUGAGUUUUUCUUAUUUUUUCAAAGUUUUAGUUUUAAUAGGAUAUUUUUGUUUGUUUCCAAAUCAUAUAUAAAAAUGGUGUAUCUGGAAUGUUGUAUAAUGAUUUUGCAAGCAUAAUUAGUAUUACUAUAUUUUAUGAAUUUUUAGGGAUUUAACAUAUUUCAAACAAUAUUAUCUCAUUUAAUACAGAGAUAAAAUAAUUAACUUGUGUUUAUUGCUUUUACAGAAAUUACAUUAAUUUUAUAAAACUUGUAUGUGUAACUAAUGUAAAUAGGUUGUGAAUAAACGUUUGGUUGUAAUUAAAAAUUGUCCAGUUGAUGAUGUCUUGUAUUUAUAAUUAUUGGCUGUAUCACGAUUACUAUUAAUUUAAUUGGAUAGUAUAAAGAAAAUAUAUGUUUUUUGAAGGUCAUAGGGAAGAUAGUCCACUUUUUGUUAAAUCUAAUUAGUGAUUGUUUUCGGGUUACAAAUAAAGGUCUUAUGGGGUCUAUUCUGUAACUUUUUUGGUUAAAAAUAAUCAAUAAUAGUUAUAUUUAACCACAGUGUAUAACCAUAGUUCGUAUUCUAUAAUCAAAACCUAGUGGUACAAGCACCAAACAGCCGUUAUAGUAUUAUUUAUAUCGAUAAGGUGUGAGGAUAUAGGGCAAUCCAGAACCAUGACCUGCGCAACACUAAUAUGGCCGCUGGACAACAAACAACGUGUUCAAUGCUAUUGUGACCACUGGGUUUACCAAUAAUUUGGCCGUACCAGAAAUAAUGUGCUUGGAGCAUACUUACUUGUAUAUGUAGAUUUUUUUCUUUUAUAUUGUUCGUCUCGAAAAGAGGUGACGGUGAAAAAUAAAUGUUCUAAUGUAUAUAAUCUUCAGGUUUAAUUUCCACAUUUAUCUUUUAGAAACCAAGCACGUGUAAUGAAUAGAAAUUCCAAAUUUGUAAAACUUUUUAAUCUAAAUAAGGGUGCCGCUCAUUUUCUUUUAUACAAAAUAUUUUGCUACAUACCCAUGAAGGUAUAAGAAUUACAUGUAUUCCCACAUAUUUAAAAGUUUUAUGGACACUGAACUUCUUGGAACCUGGAUGGUAUCAAAUGGAUACAGGAACAAUGUUUCACUUCCCCAUGAGCCAACCGUCUGUAAUGCUAUAACGUUUUAUUAAAUGGGUGGGUAAGAUUCAUCAUCCAUUAUAUUCCGCAGGUCCAUAUUACAACAGUAAGGGUUUUACAAAGUAAAUGUUCAGAUAAUUGCAAAUGCUGAGUUAAAAAUAAUCAAUAAUUCAUAAUUGAUAAUAAACAAAUGUCAAGCAUAAAUGUACAUUUAGAACAAGUGUAUUUGCAAGGAAAUUUUCCGCGAAUGCUCAGAAUGAAGAUUUAAUACGCAUUUAAACGAAUCAGAGUUACCAUAGAACAUGUUAAUGGAAUUCUAAAAGGUAGAUUUAGAUGCUUGUGUAAAAAUCACUGAAUUAUACUCCCAUAAAAGCUAGCAAAUUGGUUAACUCUUAUGCUGUUCUACAAAAUAUGGCUUUGCAUUUCAACGCUGUCCUUCUUGAUGAAGAAAUGAUUGUUGAAGAGAAAUUUAUUGUACACGAUGGUGAUCGAGAUAAUAAUUUUUAUAUACAAAAUACAAGAAAACGUGAUAUAAUAUGUAAUGAGAAUUAUACUUGAUAAUUAAUAGAAAAAUUUCUUCCUUUAUAAUUUAAUUUAAUUAUUAUCUUAAAUUUACUCUUACUUCAUUUUUUUUGUAACGUAAUAUUGCUCUGUAGAGGGAAGUAUAUCGGUCGGGAAAUAAAAACCUAUAAAUACUAUUACAAUCAUUUUUACAUCACUUCUUAUAUUUCACACAUUUUUUUCUUAAACCUUUUAGUUUAAUGUUAAUUUAAUUUUGACUGCAUAAAUUAAGCUUUAAUCCCUCUCAAUUUUUUUUGUACAGUUGAUAUUCUGUAGCUUCCUUUGGAGGGUAAACCAUAUCUACAUGUUCUUCAACAUCGUUUUUUUCCUUAUUAUUCACAAACAAAACUAAAGAAUUAUUGUGUUUAUACCUAUAAGUUUGGUUACGAAUUUUAAUUUGUCAGGUGGCGGGAUGGUUUUUGUUCGUAGAACACAGAACUAUUGCAUUUUCAAGGAUUUUGUAACGUUGCCAAUCUUGUACCUAAUUUGGGUACAUAGAUAUAAUAUAUCGUUAAAAAUUGGGAGUUAAAACUGAACAAUGCAGAAUACUCAUCCGGUUAAAUUUUAUAUCGAUCUAGUUAUAAAUAUAUUAAUAACCCAAUGACUACAAAUAACCGAAAAGUUACAGGACAGACUCCUUUAUGUAGUUUUCAGGACCUAAACAGUUAUCUUUUUUACUAGGUAUGUGAACAGAAUAAGAUUCUCAAUUAUAUUUGUUUUUUAACAACCUCUAUUUUAUUUGCAAUCUGUAAAAUUUACAAAGAGCCGAUGGUUAAUAGCAAUAUAUAAGUUGUCUACUAGGAUAAUUGCCCAGGGGUAAUUUACAUUCACUCAAAAAAAAUAUGGUUUGAUUGAGGCAUAAUUACAAAACAAAUCACUAUGAAACUAAAAUCUGUCAGUAAAAUCACACAGAAGAUAUCUUCUAAGCUUUCGCUGGCUGAAAGGUCUCAUUAAAGGUUGAACCAAUGUGUUAGGAUAGGUUUCAAUGCGGUGAGAAUAUUUCUGGCAUAAGGGAAAUAUUUCUUCUUUAAAUGACUUUAUUUCAAGGUCACAAGCAAUAAUGUUGUUAGGUACAUACCAUGGAACAUCUACAAUAAUUCUGAAUACUUUUGACUGAAAUCUUUCUAGAAUUGCUAUAUUUGAGUUGGAUGCAGUGCCCCGUAGUUGAAUACCAUAACUUCGGAUGGAUUUUAGUGUGACUUUGUAUAUUAGCAACUUGUUAUUGAUUGUUAUCGGGAAGAUAGUUCACAUUAUCUUUUUCAUUAUGUGAGCAGAAUUAGAAUGUCAGUUAUAUAAGCCCCAAAGUAGUUUUUACACAGGAAACUGCUUGAGAUUGUGUACUAUAACUCACAUCACCUUAAGUAAAAAUAUAUUUUUUUCAAUAUAGACUAUUCAUGUAUAUAAAUUAAAUUGUCAUCAAUCAGAGUUUCUACCAUUGAUUGUCAACAUUUUUUUAAAUGUGCAAUAACAUACCAGUAACAUAUCAUUAAAUUAUUGAUGAAAAAAAAACAAUUUAUGUUCAACAAAAGAUAAAAUUAUCGAUUUGUUGAAUACAUCACUUGUUAUAAUGCAUCUUUAUGGGUAUCUUGAUAAUCAACUGGGCAUUUUUUACGAAUACUUGGUUUAACUAGAUAUAAAGGUAAUGAUGAAAAUUGGCAUUAAUAUUUUUGUCGUGUUCCAUUUAUCCUAUUCAAGCUAAGUUAUUAGAGGGUUGUGGCAACAAAGUAAUUUCGGUUGUGUAGUAUAAAAUAAAAAAUGAUUCCGUGCUCAUAAAAUUUCUGGUCCUUAUCAGCAAAAACGAACCAGGUUCGAUUGAAAGUCAUCAUCAUUUGUGAAAAUUUGACCCUUCAAAGCAUUCUACCGAAUUCAAAACAAAUGGUAAUCAGUUGGUGUCAGAUCAGGGCUCUAUGGGGGUGUGGCAUCACUUUCCAGCCAAACUCCAACAGUUUCUCACGAGUUGCCAAAGUUGUGUGAAGCCGUGCAUUAUCAUGGUGGAAUACUAAACCUUUCCGAUUUGACAAUACUGGUCGUUUUUCUUUGAUUGCUUCAUCCAGAUUUAUUCAUUGUUGACAUUAAACAUCAGGAUAAUCGAGUGGUUCCUUGGAAGCAUCUCCAAAAACGCAACAACUUUGUAAUCCCACCAAACUGACAGCGUGAGUUUUUUUCAUCAACAGUAAUGAUUCUUUUCAAGAAAGGGUUGGUUUCAUUUCGGUUAAGGUGCAUAUCGCAAAUGUUGAUUCCUUGUGUUAAAUCGUGAGAUACCCACAUAUCAUGCUUCUUAACUAGCCCAAGACAUUUUAAGUGUUUUUUAAUUGUUUUGUGCGAUACUUGUAGCAACCUCUCAAACAGUUAUAUGACGAUUCUCUUCAAUUAUCACUUUGAUUCAGUGAUUAUCAACUUCAGUAGGCCGACCAGGACGUUGUUCAUAUUUGAGGAAAAAAUUUCUCGAACGGAAUUGUUUAUACCAAUUCUGAGACGUGCGCUCUGUUUACCAAUCAACACCAUAAACUUCACUUAUUUCUUUGUGAGCAGCAGCAGCUUUCUUUCCUUUGAGGAAAAAUGUUCGUUUCUGCACUUCAUUUAAAAUUAACUCACAACCAAUAGCUUUAAUAAAAAUCACGCACUACUUGCUGCUAAAGCUACGUCAAUGUGACCAGUAUCACGUGACAAACGGCAAAGUACAGCACUAACAUAAGUUAUUGAAAAAAUACAGCAACGCUCUCUAUCAGUAAAAAGCGAAAGUACUUAGUUGCCAACCUUUUAUCUUUUUAUUAACUUUGAAGGAUGACUAAUAUGACAACUGCCCAACAUAAAGUAGUGUUUACCGUGUUAGUUAUUUUAUGUGCAUGUAAUUUCACCAUUUUAUCAUUUUACUGUGAAACUUUGUCUCAGGCUAAAAUGAUGAGAUUAACAUGUUUCAACAGGGCAAUCACUUAACUCCUCAAUUUCGUUAUGGUCAUUAUCGUUUGUUUAAAUAUGGAAAAUAGUGAAAAUUAAUUAUAAAAAAACAAUUUUUAACCGAAACGUUACAGUAUAGAAGUUUUGGGUUAAUUGAAGGUCUGCUUAAAAUGCCUACCCAAAUUGUAAUUCAUGGCAGGUUAUAACUACUACUUUUACAAGCAUCUAUUGGAGUCAUUCGAAAAGCUUUGAACUCUUAUUUUGAGUAGAUUUAUUAUGUUAUAGAUUAGUUAGAAGUAUCUAUACUUAUCAACCAAUAUAAAUAUUUAAUUGAAAAACUGAUCAACUAUGGGAAUAAAUAAAAAAUAUAUAAUUUUAUUAGGAGUAAAUAAGAAAAUUAACAAAUACGUAGUUUUUGAAAACUCAAUAAAGAUCAGAUCAAGCACGUUCAUGUUAAAGAAAAUAACGUUUGAAAAUAAAAUAAAUAUAUUCCACAAAUACGCUCCGAAAUCAUCACAUGGCUCUGUCUCAUCGACACUAUUGUUAGUACUACGGGUAGUUCCCAUCAUCAGUAAGACUAAUGCCGCUCAAUAGCUUUCUGACAUCAGCUUUCCUAAGGUCACUAACCUGAUUAAUUGCUGACUUCUAUGUCAUGACCAGAGUAUGUGGUGUGGACUUAGCAAAUCACUGUCUGCUCUUUUUUCUGAUACGUUAAGACCCGAGCUUCGGGACGAAUUUCUUUAAAGACCUUUUCCAAAAAGUAGAUAAGAGCUGUCAUCGUAUAUAAAAAGGAAAACAAAUCACAAAACAUGUGGUGAAGAAUUUGUCUGGACAGACAUGCUUCAUUCAAAUAAUGCAUAUGUCCGCAUAGUUAUCAAGUUUUGAAAAAACGCAAAAAUUUGGCUACGCUAUAGAUCGUGUAGUUGUCGCGUUUCCAUCAAUCUGACACUACCAGCUGGUCGGGCAUUUUUAUAUAGAAUCCAUGUAUAACUCAAUUUUCGCAUAAAUCUUUUCGAGUUUUUAAAAAAUGCUCCUCAAUUGAUAUAUGAGAUUGAUAAAGUGUAAAAUAGCAGUAAUCGGUUUAGUAAGACGAUAACUCGGUAUUCGAAACUCGAGUCAGACAGUGUGAUUGUGGGUGUUGGUGUAGCGAUAGUGUAAACAGUGUAUUCAGUAUGAAUAUCACCAACCAACGGUUCUAAAAAUUUUAACUUAGGAGUAAUCGGUGAUAUCCAUUUAAAAAUUGAAAGGAAAGAUAAAAAUAUAAAAAUGAGCCUAUAGGCAAACUGGUAUAGGGGAUUUAUAAAUUUUUUCUAUAGUAAAUUUAACAAAAAUAAGACAUCUAUGAUCAUAGUGAACAAAUAAUAGCAUACCUCUAAUAUCUUGAUGUCCUACUGAAAUGAAUAUUUGUUAUAAGCAAAUAAAUCUGAAUUGUAAAUCAAUCAAGGAAAAUAUGUGUCACCAAAAACAAUUUCAGCAAUCAAGUAAUGAAGAAUAAUGAAGUUUAUUUAUGACACUGAAUAUAAUGAAUUCGAAGAGAAGACUCACUCACUACAGAACUGUCAAUCGGUUUUGACGCAUGCGUGCUUUUGUAUGCUUCUUAAUAGCUAUAUCAACAUAUUAAGAUGUUCUCAUGGAAUAGGCGCCGUUUGGGGUUGUAAAUCUUAACUACUACUUUGACAUCUCAAAUAAUGGAAAACAGAUAGUUCAUUAUUGGAGGAAAAUUUAAGGUUAUUUUUUAGUUAGAGUAAUAUAGUAAUAGUCGACUGCUUUUCAUCAGGUAGAUGGGAUAACUUUUCAGAUUGGUUUUCUGGUGAUUGAAAAUAUUAUUGCUUUGGAUCUCAUCGACGUAUUUCAAGUGAUUUCAAACAAGGAAAAUGUGGGUUGAUCACAUUAAUACUCAAAGAAACGAUUUUUGUGGGUUUCCUUAAUUGACGAUGACCACCUCUUUUAUUAUUUUUUAAUGAGAAACAAUACAUUCGUUCGCGACUAAAUUUCAACAAACGGGAUCGACCCGCAUUUCACACUUGUUCAGACGAAGACGGACAAACGAUACAGACCCACAUUGGGCAGUGCGAUAAGUUUGAGUGAAUUCGAAUGAAUUUGAGUUCACAGCUUUCUGUUACCUAUGGACAAGAAGUUUACUAAAAUAAUAUUUAGACAAAUCGUCAAUUAACAGUGUUUUGAUGACAAUGAAUUAAUUAUAGACUUCUAAAAAUACCGUUUUUUGAAUAUCCAUUAUUUUUUGUUGAAAUAUGCUCAAUAAAUAUAUUUUAGACUUAGCUGAACAAUUUUUCAAAAAUUCCAGUUAUAUAUACACAAUAUGAAUUUAGCACAUCUUUAAAUAAUUAUGCUAUAGCCUUAUUGUACAUUUUAAAUUGAAAUUUUUUGAAACCAUGAGAGGUUUUCAAAAAUCUCAACUUUUUUUGUUUAUCACAAUGAAUGCAGAUUAUAAAUUUAUGCCAAUUUUUAAACUUAAUUUGAUUAUAAUGUGGAUCUUGGACUUGGUAACAACUAUUUGAUAAAAUUCUGUGUAAAUACUAAUUUUCUAUAUUGUCAUCUCUACAUUCAUUUAUCCACUAUUCCAUUAAUCACACACAUUUAACCAAACCUGUCUCUUCCAGAAUGCAUCUUUCAAAGAAAAAUCAUCUCUGGAAGAACUUCCACCACCACUACACAAUCACGUCUGAUGGGGUAGUUAGUCUUUUUUGUUGCUUACUCUCUGUAUAAUAUAGCAGAAAACUUGAUUACGCCUGGAAUGCCAAGAACCAUGUUAUAUGAUUAAUUUGACAAUGUUUAAUCGUUUCUUAAAAGAAUAAGUGGCUGUUCGUGUUGUAUUAAGUGUAUACAGUGAUAUUAAAAUUAUUUGUAGUCAUGUUUAUUCGGUUUAAUUUAAUAAAUAUAAUAAUAGAGAA